CUUGGCACGCACAGUCGCGCCUCGAACGCCGUCCCAUGUGAACGUGUUGUUCUCGCGAUUCGUGCAAAUUUUUUUUCACCCUGAGCAUCGUGCACGAUGCUCUUCUUAAUCUAUUCUUAAAAAUCCUAUAACGGUGAAUUCAUACAUUUUUAUUUUUUAUUUUUAUUUUUUCGAGAAAAUAAAAAUGAAAAUUGAGACCAGUGUUCUUCGAAUGACAUUUAAAUGACUGACAAUUAUUGGUGUGUUAUCGAUCGUUCCAAGUGACACUUCAGACACUUUUUGAAAAUUGAUGAAACCGAUUGAAACAUUUCUCUUUGAAUGAAAAUGUUGAAUAUUUGUCAGAUUUUUGAGAAAAGAAAGGCUGAAGUUAUCUUCGAGUGUCUUUCCUUCAGACAUUUCUUCCAGUGUGUAUAUGUUUAUUGGCAAAGUGAUUUUGAAUGCAUAGUGAACUAUGUAUAAAAUAGGUAAAAAUGUAAGAUUAGCGUGAAAUAAGUUAUCGAGUCGCGUCCACGUGUGUGCAAAAUCAUUCUUUGCGAUCUAGUCCGUAAGUGCGGUCCGUUAUUGAUCCGGUGAUCUAAUCGGUUUUACCAUCCAACGAUAUUAAUAUAAUUCGUUCUUAAUGACCAAUAACCGCGCGAUAAAAGCUUCCACGGCAGUCUCUCAAUUAAGACAUUUGAAUAAACGUACAAUGAUGGUAAUAAAUUAGAGAUAUAACAGGCGUUGAGUUAUCGACUCGCUUGUGAUUUGAAUCUCGCGAAAUGUAUUAAAAAUUAAGGUGUAAAGAAUUAAAAAACAAGUAGGGAUAGAAAUCGGUGAUAACCAUCGCAAGAAACAAUAAAUGACAGUGUGAGAUUAAAAAUGACGGUGACUUUCGAGUCUCCGAAUUAUUGAGGAACUCUUUACGAGGGAAUGGAUUUUCAGAGCGCUAUGGACACGUUUGUAGAGGCAUGGAUGGCUGCUAAUACGAAACCAGACCAGAUACAGAGCCAAGCUUUGGCAUUGACACAUAAGGCCUCACCACCUUCGAGGCCUACCAGUGUGUCCCCGUUACCGAGGAGUCCUCAGUCUCACCAGUCCCAACAAUCUCAGCCACAGAAUUCGACUCAGCCUCCGCCUGUGCAUCCCCAUCAAUCCCAGACACCCUUAAGUGCACCCCAGACACCAUAUUCUGCGCACAAUCAACACUCCAAGCAAGAAGCAAACACAAGCCCCAAACAGGAGGGAUUCGACCUCAGUAAAUCUACCUCCAAUACUGGAAAGAAUCUCCCAGUGCAUUGUGUAGUCGAGACGAUUCACAAUAUCGUCGAAAGUCAUGUUAGCAAUUCCCGCGAGAAUUGGCGGAGGCCUCAGGUAGAAACGGAUUCUUACGUUAUCAUCCCAGUAGCCAUGCCUUUUCAAGAUUUAGUAGGAGAGGCGUUGAUACGUCUUGGAUAUUCCAGUGAUUUGAUACCUGGUGCUAGGGGAAGCAUCGUGAUAAGAAACUGGAAACCACUGCCAAUGGAGAAAGUCGCGGAUGGUCCUCUUUUAACAGUGGGUGAUAUUUUAGCUGAACUGACGUCGGUCGCGACUUUAAAGAUUCAAGUGUACAGAUCGAGACCACCACCGCCAAGUCCAGCGGCUGAAGUUAGAAAUAAAUUGUUAAGACUGCUAUUGUUGCACAGCCACGCGCUUCUCGUGUCAGCUGGUUGCCCUCUAGACGAGAUGACACUAUUAUCUCUAUGUAGAGGUGGUAAUGAUUUGUCUGAAGAAACGAAACGAAACUUCGAGUCGUGGUUGCAACAACAACAGUUGGGUUUAGGCUUAAAUCCAAUUGUACCGUCGUCGAACCAUCAUCAUCAUCACACGCAGAGCCCUCAACCGGAUGGUGGUGGUACCAUCAGCACCGCUGCUGGUACAAUUGGUCCCCCUCAUCCUGCUCUACUUCAAUACUCGCAUAAAACCAGGAUGAGAACAAGUUUUGAUCCUGAACUGGAAUUACCACGUCUUCAACGAUGGUUCGGUGAGAAUCAACACCCGUCACGUCAACAGAUUCAACACUACGUCUCGGAAUUGAAUGCCUUAGAGUCUCGACGAGGCAGGAAGCCAUUGGACGUAAAUAACGUUGUCUACUGGUUCAAGAAUGCUAGAGCUGCUCAAAAGAGAGCUGAAAACAGGGGUGUCAAUGGUUACAGCCCUCCUGGGCUCAGUCCAAGGGGCGCCAGUAUUGUCAGCGAAGACUGUACCGAUGAAGAAGAGGAUUCUAGAAAUCAGUCAACUUCACCCUCCCCCUGUCCCCCCGGAAGUCCACCUGUUGGACCGUUAUCCCUGACGACCAGACCGGAAGAUCAACAACCACCACCACCUUCGACACCAGCUUCCGUGAAGCAAGAGGACGCCAGAGUAUCCUCUGGUUCCGAAGACGAGGAAACGAGGCCAACAGGUCCCUUACCCCCUGGAUUUUCAUUGGUACCUAGUCCAAUGUUCGGUCAUGGAAUUAUGUACAUGUCACCUUAUCUACCGCAACGUGGACCAGCUGGUUGUUCCACCAGUAUGUUGGAUGAACGGAGGAAAAGAAACCGGACGUUUAUCGAUCCCGUGACGGAAGUGCCAAGAUUGGAAGCUUGGUUUACUCAUAAUACUCAUCCCAGUCAUGCGUUGAUAUUAAAAUAUACGGAGGAACUGAACCGGAUGCCGUAUCGACAGAAGUUCCCACGGCUAGAACCGAAGAAUGUACAAUUUUGGUUCAAAAAUCGUCGGGCCAAAUGCAAACGUCUGAAAAUGGCGCUGUUCGAGGGUGAAGCACCUCAACCACAUCCAUAUCAUGCAGAUUAACUCGUUCCCUCAUGUAACGUAAAGUAGGAACAAUCAAGGAGCCUUUCGAAGGCAAUUAACAACUAUGUACUGCAGGAUGAAGAGAUAAAGAUGAAGAAGAAUGAAACAUCGUUAAUCAACCUGUUAUUCAUUAAUCUCGUUGACUUUGCGACCACGCUCGCGGGUCGCACUUUUGUUGUAAUUAACGCGUAACGAUUAAUAUAAUUAUUAUUGACCCUUGAUGAGUGUACAUAUGAAAAUGCUAUCGAAUAAAAACUGUACGUCAUAA